CGCGUGGCUGGUCAUCUGUUCAUGCGUUUGAAAACAUUUAUUUUAGGUUAGAUUGUAUUCAAUUGUUAUGAAAUCUUUGAAAUUAUUCUUAUUAUUUAAAAGCGUUUACAAAAAUUAUAACUGAACUUUCUGCAUCUAAUAUGAGUGAAGAUGAAGACGACUCUGUGGCUGAAGAGUACCCUGUCUACUUGUCUCACGACCUGGAAGAUGGUUUGUUCAUAUUCCAAUACCCACUGCGACCCACUGGCUCUUCAUAUGACAGCUCUAAAGUUAUUAAAUUCUCCAUCAAGCCUGAAAACCAGGAAGUUACAAUGGAGGUCUCCCUGGAUACACAGAGCAACAACUAUGACCUCAGCCAUGGUGAACAGAUAGCAAUCAACGUAGAUGGGUCAAGUCAGAAAAAUUCGCAAGAAAAGUUCUUUGAUAGUCAGGUUAUGGACAAACUGACUUUCCAGAGUACAAAAUCGUUGACUGAUAUUAGUACAGUAGCCGUAGCCUGUGUGAAGGACAAGAAAGUGGUUCUCUCGCCAGUGGCUGGAGUAAUUAGUAUGCAGCCUUCUUUUCCGUUCCUAGAUAUUACCGAUAAGAAAGCCAAGGAAGAAGCUAAGGAAAGGGGUGAUGAUACAUCUGGUGGUGAAGAAGAAGAGGAGAAACAGAUAACAGUGAAAUUUGCGCGGCAAGAAAGUGAACGAAUGAAAAAAGCGCGGGAACGCUCGUUCAACUAUCUUAGCAAGAAAAGUGCCGAAGAACCUUGGUACAACACUAGUUAUCAUGCUUCUACUUCUGAAGAAUCUAUGGCGGAACGUGCCAAAUUGAUGUUGACCAGCGAAAGCAUGGAAGACCAGACGGCUGCACUGAACAUGAAGCCGAGCGAUUACAUGGACAGCUUGUUCCCGGCAGCGCAUGAGCAGACGUGGGUGGCAGCUGAAGUCAAGCCAACCAAACCCAACUCCUCCAAACCCUCCACCGAACGGCCGGGUCAGUCUGGCUCAUGAUAUAGGUGAAGCUACAAGAAUCGACGUCGAUCUGUGACGUGAGUCUUGUCUUUGAGUGAUAUUAUCAAAUCUUGGGAUUUCUAGUGGAACAUGAGGAACGUAUUCGUCGUUAGGCCUUCUAGUUUAGGCCUUCUAGUGGAGUUUUCAAGUUACGCGAUUUACUCAAUUUGGAAUCUGCAGGUCAGGAUGCUUUAAAAGCAAAAACUUAUAGUUUUAAGAGAAGAAAUUAAUGAAAUAUUUGAAAUGCCGAAUCGGAAAAUGCAUGAUAUUGUUUUCUAAUUUAUUCCAAUAUUUCAUUUAUUAGGCUACAGACAGUAGCAGUUAACCUGAGCUUUGCACCGGGGAAACUUUUGUGUUGUAAAAUGCAAUUUCCUUAUGUACAAGAAAUGCCAAAAAUGAAAUAAUUAUUUAUUAUUUUUUCAAAAUUACAUGGAUUACAGAGUUGAAAAUUCAAUAAAAGUGUUUGAAUGGUAACGAAUCCGCGACCAUUCAUUCAUGUGUCGCGCUUGCUACCAAUUAUGCCACGGAUUCCCUCGGAGAAUCCGAAGGAUUCUCUGGUUGGUUGGGUUGGGAUUUUAUUGUUGCAUAAACUUUGAGUCACAAAUUGAAUAAAUUAUUGUUCUAAUUAUCAAAUUAGAAUUAAUUUUGAUUAAUGAACAUGAAAAUAAUAAUCAUUCAAUCAUUUUAUUUUGAUAACUUGAUAGUAAACAAAUUGAAAAACUUUCAAAAAUAUCACAAGUAGAAAGUUUUUUUAGCCGCUCGCACAGCCUUAAGGACGUGAUGCCUUAACAGUGGACAUUGUAUUGAACAUGAAGUAUUCGAUUUUUUCAAUUUACAGGUCAUUUUUGAUUUUCUAGCAUUUUUCUAUUUUCUCGAUCAAGAAUUUAUUUAUUCAUAGACAAUACAUACAAUUCGGGUAAAACAACAAGCAUGAGCCCAAAACUUAUUUAAAUAUUUUAAGAAUAUUCAAAUCUUUUUUAAUGAUUUGAUUCAUUCACAAUAACAACUCUAACAUGAUUUAAUGCACAAUUAUUUUUUUCUAAGUUUGCAUUUAAUUUUCAGUUAAUUGUACAGGUAUGUUUUCUUAGUUUCUCAAUCAAGAAUUCAACAUAAUGCCUUGGAAUUAAUUUUUCCAAGUUUGCAUUUCAUUUUCAGUUGAUUCUACUAUAAUAUUUUUAUCACAAUCAACACAUAGAUUUCCUAUUUGAGUAAAAAAUGAAAAACUUCAAAUGUAAAAGUUACCUGUUCGAGGGUUUCUUUUUAGAACUGAAUGUGAUAUUGUAUUAGAUAUCCAUGUUGAAAGUUUUAUUUAUUUAUUCAAUUAUAUAAAAUUUAUCCAUGUAAAAUAAUAGAAUAAUCAAUAAUUUAAUAAAUAACUUGAUUGAAUAAUUUAUUUAUCCAUGUAAAUUAUUUAUCGUAGUCUCGAAGUUGUCAACUUUUUAUUGAUUGUAAAUGCGUGAAACUAGUUGUAAUUUGAAUAUUUUGUAAACGGUUGGAUAUAAUAAGUGUGAUAUAUUGAUGUAAUAAGCGGUGGUGUUAAUUUUGAUCAGUUCUAUUCAUAAUUCUAAAUCUUGAAUUGAAAUUUGAAUUUCAUUUUUAAAAGUGAACGUUUAAAAAGCGAACAAUUUGUUGUAAAAAUAGGGUAAGUUUUUCGCAUGUGUACACAUGUAACGUAAUAUUCACUUGGAACUGUCAGGAUUACUUAUAAAUAACCUAUACUUCCCAUUCGACUGAUAACUAAUGCUGACAGAUUUAAGUGAAUCUUAAUGUAGGAUAAUAUGAUUGAUUGAUUUGAUCCAUUGUGAGACCGGUCUCCCCUACUGUGUUGACAAAUCUCAUUGAUUUGCUUGAAGCGAAAACUUUCACUGGUGCAUCAUUAUUGAUCAAUCAUUGCAUGUGUUACUGUCGACCGGUUACUGUAAUGCUUACUGUAGCAAGAUUCAUUUAAAAUUGUUGGCAUUCAUUGUAAAGCAAAAAGGCACAGAGAUUGAAAUUUAGAAGGAAAUAAGAAUGUAAUUGAAUUCUCAUUAGAAUCGACAAAUUUGAAUUAUUUAUUACUGAAUUACUAGUAUUGUGUUGUGAAAUGCAGAUGAAAAUCUGUCUUUUGAUCAGCUACUAUUCGAAGGGCUAAUUAAUCCUUAUGAAGGCCCUUUAAAAGUUAUUCAGAUAUGAACCUGGUUCAAAUAAAUUUUUACGAACUUAUUAUAUUCCAAAAUUUCACAAAAUCGUUAGAGCAGUUCGUGAGACAUACCCACAGACACACAGAAAUUGCUCGCUCGAUAGAAUAGGAUAACAUCAAUGCUUCCCUUUCUAAUAUUGCUUACAGUUAGAAAUGAGUCUUAUUAUAGCUCUUAUAAUGCUAUAGUAAUGUAAUAAUUAAUAAAAUGUUGCAUUAACCGGGAUUAACUAUAUCAAUAAUUAUUGAUCAUACCUGAUCAGCAAUAUGCUUUUGCUUGGUUCAACCCAGUAUAAAUGGUCUUUAUACAAGCUUUAUAUAGUUUGUGUUACAGUAACAUUCAUUGUUUUCCAAACUAAACGCUGACUAAGAUUUCCCAGGUUGAAUUUAUUGCUGAGAUAUUCUUGUAAAAAGUGUCCCAAAAUAACGGGAAUUUAAAAAAAUCCUGAAACAAAAUUGGGAAGGGAGAAGAAAUGUAAUUCAUUACAAUUGAAAGUUCAAAACUUUUAGAAUUAUUUAUGACAUUUUUAAAUAAUUGUAGAUGACUUCCUCGUGUUGCACGAAUACACUAUUGAAAUCAUGUUGACGAUUCCUCAUUGAUCUCUGCAACAUCUGGAAAAGUGAGGUUUUCAUUCCAAAUUGUCCGUUUUAGUUUUUAAUUCAUUAAAAACUAUUCAUUAAAACUAUUUCACUAUUAAAAAGAAAUUCAAUUUGAUUUAUUUAUGAAAACAUAGAAGCAAACAGAAUCUCUUCCAAAAAUCGAUAACACAAUAAUUAUUUAUACAUAAGUAAGAACACAAAAAAGUAAGAAUAUUAAAAACAAAAUUCAAAUUUUAUUGAAAAUUAAAAAAUGCUGUAGAACAAAAGUUUCACAGUAUAACUCACAAUAUACCAGUUGGAAGGCUGCCGCAAUGAUGAGGAAUCUCCAACACAGAUUUCAAGAGUAAUUUUUAUAUGUACAGGAGGAAGACAUCUAAAUGGCGUAAUUGUUGAAAAAUUAUAAAUCAAUGAUCGAUUAAUGAAUUAUUAUGAUUAAAUAUCAGCCGCAAUAGUUGAUCCUUGAAUGGCAGUUUUAAUGUUUACUAUUUUGUUUUCUAAUUUUUACUAUUUAAUGUUCAUUAAUGUUAUACAAAAUAAUAAUUUUUCUCUUCUCACUUUCGUUUUAUGGCGUUUUUGAAGUUCCCCUUAUUCUGCGUCACCCGUUAUAUCAGAAAGCUUAAAAGAUGAAGGUCAGUGUCGUUAUGGUGCCAUAGAUCAUAGAUGUAAUAAUGAAUUUGUAAAUUGUAUACUAUGCAAAGUGUUAUUUGUUGAUAAAUAACAAAUAUUUUCAUUAAUCAUCGUGAUUGCUGGUAAUCUAUAUUAAUUCGUUUAAAUAUCAAUGAUAGUUCCCAUAAUUUGAAUGGUUAUCUGCAUGAUUAUUUUCAAGCUUUGUUCUAUUGUAAACAAGAAUGGAUUAUCUACAAUGAAUUAUUGUACGAGUAUUAUUUUUAUAAUACACGAUAUAUUUUAUGUGAUGCAGAUUUUAUCAUAGUUCAGUUUAUCCAAUUGAGCAGUUGAUUAAUGAAAUAACCUUUAUCUGAAGUGCUUCAAAGAAUUGAGAAAAAUUCACUUGAAAUUUUAUAUGUUUUUUUAAUUAUAAUGAUCUAUUUACUCAUGACAUAACUCUAAGUACCGGUUACACUUUUUUGCAACCGGUUGAAUCGGCUUUUGUGUAACCGGGCCUAAAAUAACUAAAUUGAUGUGUUCUCCACACGGCCUCAGUUUUCAAGUCUUGUAUAAAUUUGCUUUUACGUUAUUUAUAAAUUUUUAAUUAGUUAUUUCAUUUCAUAGAUUAACUUAUAUUAUUUUUAAUGAAUAAUUAAGGAAUGAGUGUUUAGUUUUGUAUGCCAAACAUUGUGUGAAGUGAAUAUUAUGUGAUAAUUGUUUAUAUGUUUAGAAUGUUUGUAAGUUAUUAUUUAUCUAUAAAAUGUAAAAAUAUGGGUUA